GUUUCAGAUAAUAAUGCACUGUUCAAAAUCAGAUCCACUACUUUUAUCUCCGAUUCAUCCAUUCCUAAAUCUUCUUGCUUUACCAAAAAAGUCAUUGAAAAAAUUAUACGAGUACUUGAACCCAAUCGAUUGUUACAACAUUGCAAAAUGCUCGAAAAAUCUGGAGGCACAAGUGAGAAAGUACAAAAACCCUGUGAUCAACUAUAUUUAUAUGAGAUUUGACGACGAAAAGUCAUGCAUUGGAGUUUAUUUUGAAAAAUAUAAAUAUAAUGCAUGCGUAUUUUAUUCAUGGAGAGAUAAAGAUGGAAAGCGAACAAUUUGGAAUAAUUCGUACUAUUUGAAAUCGAGCAAAUUUCAAAAUUACAUGUUUUGCAAGAGAAGUCACCCAAAAGAAGUGAAGUCUCUGCAACCUUCAACUAUCCCACAAAACUAUAUAAACGGAAUGCUUGAAACUUAUCAAGAGUUGUGCUCAUUGUUCUCAGCUCAAGAUGCAUUUUACUUUGUCGGAGUGAAUGUGAAUGACAAAAUAUCAUAUGAGACUUUCUGUACGAUGCCCCAUCUUCCCAGGUUUAUCGGAAAUUUUCGUUUGAUUGGCUCAAAAUCGCCAAAAGUUGAAAGAGUCAGAGAUAUUUUGAGAAGUGCAAAUGUAUUAGGAACAAUCAGAGUUUCACAUCAAAUUGGAUCAGCUUGUAUGCAAGAAGAGUUAAUCAAUUCCAAACAUAUUGUACUUGAUGACCCAGAAUGGAUCAGCCGUGAAGAAUUGCUAUCUCUUAACUGUAUCACAGUUGAUAUUGGACAUAACAAUCUAACAGCUGACGAUCUCAACGCAUUUCUCUUGCAAUGGAUGUUCAUAGAUAGUGAUCAAACAAGAUUGGAACGAAUGGAAAUCACAUUGAGUCCGGAGGCGUUUCGAAAUAAAGCUCAGAUUACAAAUGGGCUGAUGUUGUUGGAUUGGGACCCGAGAAGAAGAGAGGGGGAACAUUUUGAUUCUUCUUACUACUUGAGCCGAAGUACUAUCCGUGAUCCAUACCACUUCCUUGAUUGCAAGUUCUCGAAAGAUAUUCUGCGAGAUGACGGACGCCUGGCCACUAUUUUAUUCUACGGGAAGAAGCUCUACUUUCUCGUUUGGAAAGACCGUUUUCCAUACAAAACAAUCAAAGAUGCGAAGAAACAACAAAAGGAACGGAAAGUCAAGAAAAAGUUGACCAGAGCUCUCAAUGAUGCAUUGCGUGAUCUAAAUGUUAGAUCACAAAAUGAAUGGAAUCAAAAAACGGAAUGGUUGGAAGCAGUACUCAAAACAAGAAAAGCAGUUGCAGAAGAAGAACAGAACGCCAAAAGAAAAUACUUCCAAGCACUCAAAGAAUUCUUGGAUACCUCGGAGCCGAAGCCAAAGAGAAGACUUUUAAGAACGAUUACUAUAUUCAAGAAGGAUGUAAUUCCCUAGCUUAGCCUACAUAUAUUUACCCCAUAUUGCUUGUAUUUACACAUUUUAACUUUUACGGGAUCAAAUUGCAAUAUUUCGAAUUUCACUGCCAAAUUUUUUUUUAACAUGCCACUGUUUGAAUCAUCAAGUUUUUAAUGAAUAAAUAUUAAUGUU